UGCAAAGACACUCAGUGUUAAAAGCUCAUUAAUAAUCAUAUGUAAAGAGGAAGAACUUGGUUUAGCAUUGGAAGCAACGACUGAGCUGAAUAAGGGGAAUGCCAGACAUAUUGCAGAACUAAGCAAAAUAAUUGUGAAAUUUCCAAAUUGUGCUUUCAGAUAAAGUAGUUUAUCUUCUUCCUUCUCCAAAGGAAUUAUUAUUUUUUCACUCAGUAAGGCAUCUCUGCUUCAGGGAUUUAUAUGUCUGCUGGAGCAUUGACACCAUUUCCUGUUCCCCCAGAAGAUUCACCCAGUCAUUUGGAUGAUGAUGAUUAUGAUGAUGGUAGUGCUGUAACAAUAUCUUUACCGGCAAAAGCAAUGGAAAAGAAAGAAGCUCCUUCCAUCUGUAAACCUGCAAAAGAGAAUAAUUCUAGAAAGCUUCACAUACCCAUUCUUUAUGUCCUAGUAGCCAUAUGUUUUGCAACAUGGAUUACUUUCUUUUUCUUGGUCCUGGAGAAAUACUCAGAAAUUUCAGAGAAGAUAGAAAACUUAAACCUAAACAACUCAGAGAAGUUUGCAAAAAUGAUGAAAGACCUGGAUUAUGUUAAAACAACACAAUUGAUGGCUGAACAAUAUUCAAGUAAUAGGCUCAGUGAAACUGAGGACAUUUUAGAAUCUGUCUGCAGCCGGGGAAACAUCACAAUUGAUUCUUCAUGCCCCUACAGUUGGAAGCAUCAGAGGAAAUAUUGUUACUACUUUUCAACUGAAAAGACAAACUGGACUAAUGCCUUGUGGAAUUGUAUUAAUCGUAAGGCAUAUCUGGUUAGCAUUUCAUCUGAUGAAGAACAGGGUUUUCUGACAAAUAACCUCAAUGAAGUUGACUAUUGGCUGGGUGUAAGUGAUUUAGAAGGACAGUGGAAGUGGAAAGACAGUGGUAUGCUAGUCAGUACAAGUUUUUGGAAUCGAGGAGAGCCAAGCAAGGAUGAGAACAAGGACUGUGGGAUCAUGCAUCCCAAUGGGACAUGGGCAUCUGCUGUGUGUUCUGCUCACAACAGGUGGAUUUGCAAAAAGAAAUUGAUCUGCUGAAACAAUUCUUUUAGUUGUGUGCUCCUGAUACAGGUUUUAUAUAAUCAGUUAUGUACUGAAGAUGCUUAAUAACCAGCAGAAGUUAGCAUGUUCUUAUAAAUUCAUAUUGUGAUGCACAAUUCUGUAUUUGCCCAUAUCAAAAUGUAUAGAUAAUUGUAUGAUGAAAUAGUUCCUUCUCUGCAGCUGAUCCAUAUUCCUCAUAGUUCACAUAAUCAUCCAUAUAAAAUUAGGGGCAGAGCAACAGGUAUACUUUCCUCUAGUUUCUUCAUAAAUAACAAAAAUUAGACAUGUUAAAUUAAUAUAUUAAUAUAAUAGGCACUUUGGUCCAUAGAAACAUUGUCAAUUCCUGCCCUCCAGUGGCCUAUAAUAAUGGGGCACUCUGACAGAGACCAUCUACCCAGUGUGUUUAAAAUGGUGCAGCUACAAUCCUAAUUAUUCAUGAAUGUCACAUGAUAAUAGUCAAGGCAAUGAACACAUUAGUUUCAGCAAAAUUCCCCAAACAAAACUCAUAGUUAAUAUUCAGAAAGUAUGAUUCCUUGUAUAAAAACCAAGAUAAAACUUUUAGAACUUGAAAUGGUCCGGCUGCCCAAAAAAGCCACUCAUCAGCUUGUUCUUCAAGUUUGAGUUUUAGUUGUGUGUGAAAUAUUGAAGAUUUCCCCCACCCCCUUAAAAGUUAUAUAAGUUAAUUAUAUAACUUUUAGCCAGGGGUGAAAUCCAAUUUUUUUACUACCGGUUCUGUGGGUGUGGCUUGGUAGGCAUGGCUUGGUGACAGGGGAAGAAUACUGCAAAAUCUCCAUUCCCACCCCACUCUGGGGCCAGCCAGAGGUGGUAUUUGCCAGUUCUCCGAACUACUCAAAAUUUCCACUACUGGUUCUCCAGAACCUGUCAGAACCUGCUGGAUUUCACCCAUGCUUUUAGCCUCUAGGGUCACACACAUUUUCCAUUCUUGAGAACUGCCCUAGCAUUCCCCUACCAUCUACAUAGCCCACUUCUUCCACCUCACUUGUACAAGCACUCAUUAAGCUGCUUCUCAGGCUCAAUUGCAAGGUGGUAGUGAAAGUGGAGUGGGGAAUGCAAGAUGCAAUUUUUGGAGGUGCGUGUUUAAAUAUAUCCUCAAGACAGAAAAAGAAGCAGCGAUACUGUGAAGCACUGAUUGCCAACUUGGGCACCUUGCAAAUCUGUAGACUUUAGCUUCUAAAAUCUUGCAGACUGGGGAAUUCAAGAAACGACACACUUUGGGGGAAGGCUGAUGUAAAGGCAAACCCAAAAGAAAGGAGGUUGUACAGUACUAAACUCUCUGCUCCACUCUACUCUCAAAUGCCAGUAAUCAUCAGUCUAUUCUUUUUUUAGGAGGUCUUUAGAAAACAAUGGAAAUCAAAACAAUAAUAAUAUUGAAAGGGAGUAAUUAUUUUAGUUUAAACAUGCUAUUAUGUUUUUUUCUCUGCAUAGAUAGCAGCUCAGCGGUAAGAUACAUUGCUGUUGGUUUUGAGGGGGAAAAAGCAAAUUUACUUUCAAAAUCUCCACUGUAUGAAUGUUUUCAUGAUUUUGCAUGGGAAAUAUGCAAGUCACUUGAUUUAUAUUUUUAUAGUCAGGGUUUGCUCUCCUUAUGCUUUUCUAUGCAUAUUCUGAAACUAUUUCUUUCUCAAUAGUUUAAUAGAGUAGUUCAUUCUUUCAUAUUCUUUGGUAGUAUUUUUAAAUUAAUCUUUUAGUUUUUACUUCACAUUUGACAAAAAAGGACAUUCAACUAAUCUGUGAGCUGAUUUAAAGAGUAUUAUCUUUAUGUAACAAAGGUUCAAUCCAAAUCAAUGUAUUCUCACAUAUAUUUACACAAAACUAAAUCUUAGUUCAAUAGCGCUAACUCCUAAGUAAAAGUGUUCCAUUUAUUUGGAAAUAAGCAGUAUUGGGAGAGACUGUGCUAUAAAACUAGAGUGUUUAACAGCUCUGUCAUAGAACAAUAUAAUUAUACUCCCCAAAGUUCCAUUCCAGUUUUAUGGAACAUGAAGAUUUUAGUUAAUUGCAUUUUUAUUCCACAUAACCUAAAUAAGUACUGUAACUGUUACAUACCAUAUAGAAGUAUUUCAGCUUUGAAUGUAUAUUGGAAAACAAAAUGGCUUCCAGGCACAGGAUGAAUUUAUCAGAUGUUCUAAGUUCACUCCUGAUCUGGAUCAGAAUAUAGGGAUUCACCACAUAAGAACAUGCAUAUUUGUUAAUCAAAACCAUUCUUGUUGGUUCCACAACCAAGUCUCUGGAAUGUACUUUUAGAUAACUUUCCUACUCUAAAGAGAUUCUCUAGAUUAAUAUCCUUAGUUAAAAAUCAGGUAUCUCCAGGAAGAACUCCAAGAAACCUACCAGGUAAUAGCUCCAUUAUCUGUUACCAAACUCUAGAUAAAUCAGGUAUCAUGAUCAAUAAUUUGAUAUGUUUAAAUAUCUUGUAACCUACUAGAGCUAAAAGCUGCACCAGUCUCUGGGCAUAUCAAGUUGUCCAGUUUAAUAUAUUUCCUUCUAGUCUCUGAACUGCACAGAUCAAUGCCAGCAUAAUUUGCUCUGUCCUAAUAGUCAAAAACAUGAAGGAAGAAUGGUUACAAUUAGCCUGAGCAAGGCUGUGCUUCCCCAACCCUCAAAGUCCAGUUCCAGUUGCUUGAGCUGGGAACAAACAAGGAUGUGGGAUAAGCUAGCUAGACAACAGAUAGAAGCAAGAAUUAGUGAUAAGCAAGUAAAAUGAAUUUUAUCAGCCUUUGUAGAACACUCAACCUUUGUAAAACUUUCUUUCAUAUAUCAUGAAUUUGCAACCUGACUCUGUAUGCAUGUGCAGCUUUCAUUCUCAACUAGGUAGGUCAAGUUGUUGCUUCCCUCCAACACUGUGCAUUUAAUAAAGCAAGAUUUUACUCCAAACAAAAGAUGUGGUUUUCAUUAGUCCAACCUAUGGAACAAAUUCUUUCCAACAAAUCUCUUUUAUUUUACCAAGAAGCAACCACUGAUCCCAAGGAUAACUGACAGACUAUCUCUAUCACUUGCUUUUUCACUGUCCCUUCCAACAUUCACUCUCACUUGCUUAUCUUUGUUAUCUUGCUCACAUGUCUACUUCAUUCUAUACCUACCUACCUACCUACCUAUCCAUCCAUCCAUCCAUCCAUCCAUCCAUCCAUCCAUCCAUCCAUCC